CGUCAAUUGCGGAUCUUUGAAACGGCUGUCGACUCCGACCAUCUGGCCGACUAUUAAGAGAAACAACUGACAUGGCAAAGCCCGGUCCAGAAUCCAAGGGUCCGUGAUUAUCCCUCGCAACCAUUGACCCUGUGCGGCCUGCUUUUUACUUUCCCUCCCAACCCAAAAAGUUAUACUUUGCCCGCUCUUUGGGCAACUACUAUCUCAACUUUCCACACUCCUAACCCCUUCUGACACCUAUAUAUUACUAUUUAUUAUUUUUUAUACAUUUCAACCUCACUGACAAACCGCCCUUAAUGUCUAUUUCAGAAGCCACCACAACGGAGCUCCAAUCAUCCCUCCGCGAACUCUCCCUCAGUACCAAUAGCCCCGUGAAGGACAUUGCCCGCCCGGCGGUGAAAACCACCACGGCCAAGGCAGCAAAUCCCAAGAAGAAGGCCCCCGUUGUGGCCGACUCAUGGGAAGACGAGGCGGACGAGUCGGAACCGGACAUCAACUCCCCAGGAUGUGCUAGUUCAUCGCUGUCGCCAUCCGUCACCACCGCAGAGGGGCCCUUAGAUCCCCCGCCCACUCCGAUUUCCCCCCAGACCUCCCAGACAUGGGGCUCUGUGCCGGUGUAUCCUAAUUCUGGCGGUGUGUCGCCUCGGACGUCGGAUUCCAGGUCCCCGUCCCGGAGGCCGGAGAAGCAGACUGCUGUUGCGGGGAGAUUGAUUGCAGGUGCUUUGGGGCUUCGGGCCCCGAAGCGGACGGAGGAGCAGCGUGCAUAUGAUCGUGCUGUGAAAGAGAAGGAGAUCAAACGGCGUAAUCAGGAGCGGGAAGCGGCGGCUAAAGCUAAGGAGGAGGAGGAACGGGCGAAGACUGCUGUUUGGGAUGAUUAGGAUUCUCUCUGUUCUAUUUGCCGUUUAUAUCUCUGACAUACGUGACACUGGCUCUUUUAAUACCGUUCUUUUCUCUCGAUGUCCUGUAUAGUGCGGUGUGAUUGCUUGUCCUUUACAUGGGAAUGCUUGGUUGAAUCCUUCGUAGGUGUUUUAUAUUGAGGUAUAGUACAAGGGUGUACGGCACGCCCGGUUUUACUUGUGUUCUUUGUGUGAAUUUCCUAGAGUCUGAUCUGGAUCAGACAAACGGCAAGGACAAUAACACGACUACUAGUUCUUAACUACGGUGACC